UUAGCUCCUUAUGAUCAUAUUGCUGUAUUGGCCUUAUUUGGAAUGUGGUAACCUGUAAGAGAACCCCCUACAUUCAGAGUAGUACGGUCCAAACUCAGUCUCUUACGACCGUACCAGUCUAGCCCGUUUUGCUGCAAACCUCAGUGCGUUUUGGCGCUGUUACCGACUGUUGAGACACUGCAUGGACUGGUGCUGUGUAUUUCCUGGACCUUAACUCGGCGGAAGGAUGGAUAAAUGUGAAGAAAACACGUUGUCAAAAGUGAAACUUGAACGUAAAUACCAGUGCCCGCAUUGUGACCACGCCACGAAGGACAAGCGUAACCUGAAGCGCCACGUGCAGACUCACACCGGUGUGAGACCUUACCAAUGUGUGACCUGUAGUAAGGGCUUUACAAGAAAGGCUCACCUGAAGAUCCACCAACAGACGCACACGGGCGACCGGCCAUUCCACUGCCCGCACUGCGAGUACUCCACUACCAGGAAACACGUGCUCGACUCUCACAUGUACCUGCACACCGGUGAGAGACCCUUCAUGUGCGGAGAGUGUGGGCACAGGAUGGCAUACCGAGCUGACCUGGUUAAACACAUGAGAAAACAUACCGGCUCUCGGCCAUUCAAGUGUCCCAUCUGUGACUAUGCCGCUGCUCAGAAACAGGGCUUAGAUCGACACAUCGCCAUGCACGAAGGGUUGCGACCGUUUGUUUGUGAUGUGUGCGGCCUCCAAAUGUCAUGCAAGUCCAACCUCACCAAGCACAUGAGGACACAUACCGGAUACAAGCCAUAUCAGUGCCCGUAUUGUGAGCACUGCUCGGCUCAGAAGGACAACUUAGCCCGACACAUAGCCCGGCACACGGGAGCACGCCCGUUGGUGUGCGGCGUUUGUGGGUACGGAACGGCAGACAGGUCAGGCCUGAACCGUCACAUGAGGAUUCACUCCGGUGUGAGACCCUACAAGUGUAGCAAGUGUAAUUACGCGGCCACACGGAAGCACCACCUGGACAAGCACCUGCAGACGCACAGCUCGGAGCACCCGUACAAGUGCCAUCAGUGCGACUACUCGGCACUGCAUAAGAAUAACCUGGCUCGUCAUGUGAAGCUUCGCCAUGUACAAAUUGCUGGGUGACACUUCUUUUGGCAACACCUCAAGGGCGUAGGCAUUUAUGGUGUAUGCUACUGCCACAUGCCCUGCUCAGCAUGUAUCUAAAAUGUGCCAAAAUGACUUUAAAUAAGGCAAUCCGAACUUGUGUGAAUUUAGAUAAGUGGCACAUAGGUCAGCAAGUUUCCUUGCUGUUUCAUACUGAAUCAUAGCAGCAUAUAUUUUUUGUUGGAUAUAUAUAUAGCCCUGGUAUAUAUAGCCCUUUGCCUUUAACCACCGAAUUGGAACCAGGAGCUCAACUGUGAGGCUGCUACCAGUUAAGCUACAGGGACAUCCCACUUGUAGAUGACUUUAAAUGCAUGUAGGAUUAUAUCUACUACUUAUAGCAAUUGUGUGUGUGUAUGUGCAAAUUAUAUUAAAUCUUUUGCAGGUAAAUUUCUACAACAGAGCCCAGCUUUGAUAGAAUGUUGGACUCUGUGUGGAAAUGCUCGCUACGUAUCUAAGGAGAAUGAAAAAAAAAUCAUAUUAUUAUUAUUUGCUA